CUUUUUGAGGCUGGUCACUUGCUAACCCCUUUUCUACUAACAAUGAUGUGGUUCUGGUUUAUUACCCUAAUCGUACCCGUCCUCGCUUACCCACUUGAAUCGGAUGGAAGUGGUGCGCCUCGAAGAAGUGACCGAACCGCCUCAGGAGCAGAAGAGCUAGAAACUACGGCUGCUCCAGAGUCCUGCUGCUGUACGGAGCCGGAGCCGGAACCGGAACCAACCCCGGCAACGGAAUGCACCUGCCCACCCAUGGAAGAAGAGACCACGGCUGCUCCUGAGAUGUGCGAAUGCCCUGUACAAGCGGAGCCCGAGACGACUGCCCCACCACCUCCUCCAGUUCCAUCGUAUUGUGGAUGCGGCUGUGGAUGCUGUGACUGCUGCUGCGAUUGCUGUGAAGAGCCAACUACAACCACUACCACAACUACCACAACCACUACAACAACGACUACCACCACCACUACCACCACAACGCCAACAACGACCACGACCAGCCCUCCAUGUUGUUGUUGCUGCUGCCGAAGGAGACCUAGCUGUGGAUGUGGAUGUGGUAAUGGUUGUCAGAGACCGGUGGAAGAAUACGUAGAGCCUGCACCUGAAAUGGCUGUACCGGAACCCAUGGUCUGUGCUGAUGGCUGGUUCCGUUAUCAAGAUUCCUGCUACUACAUGGAACUAACCAAAAUGGAUGCCGCAAGCGCUGAGAGAGCCUGCAACGAAAAAGGAGGAUCCCUCUUCGUGGCCGAUACCCUUGCCGAAUUCGACGAAGUGAUGAAGGAGGCUCCACUCUAUUUUUGGAGCUGGAUCGGUCUUGGGCAGUCCGAUGGUAGCAGUUAUCCGAAGUGGCACAUGCAGGGAACUUCACCGAUGAAAUGCGAGAGAUGCCUUCCACCUAUGCCAAUGCCGAUUUGGGAUGGCAUCUACGGAAUGGACCCAUCGCUACUAAAAUGGCUGGUACUUCCAUUCAACGCAAUAUCGAACGGAUGGUCUACAGCUGCGACUUGUGUCGCUUACUACAGUAUCAAUGUCUACUCGUCCACCUACCUGUACUUCUAUCCGUGCUCGUACGAGUUCUACUCGGUUUGCGAGAGAAACACCACACUUCUUGGCUAUUGAGCUUUGAUUCUGCUAUUGAGCUAUUGACAUAAUGUUAUGUUGGGCGGAUUAUUUGUCGGGCGGGUACUUGCCUUCUGUGAAGGCCAAACUAGACUAAGUCAUCGGAGUAUAUUGAUAUCGUCUAUAUAUGUGUAUAGC